AUGGAAAACGAAAAGCACGAAAAUAUGCUACUCGCCAUUGCGCGAGAUUUUCAGUCGAUAGACAAUUUAAUAGAAACCUUUUUGUCAUUCCUCGAACACAAAACUGACUACUUCCACGUAAUGCUUAAUGAGGAUGAUAUAGGAACAUUGGCCAAAAAGUAUGAUGGCACUGUAGGGAAAGAUAUUUUAAAUAACAACAAGUGUGGAUUCAAAGCACAUAGCAGAGAACAAAACUUAAUGAAGUCAUUUAGAAAACACCAAUUAAAUUAUAUUAUGAAAAAGCAGCCGUAUUUAAUCGAAAGUGAAGACAUGAGGAAUAAAUAUUUACCUUCAUGUGAUGAGUUAAAAAAAUUGAAUACCUCAAAAUUCUGCGAAGUGAAAAAUAAACAGAACGAUAUGCAGAAGAAGGUAGAAACUGGAGCGACACCGUUUAGUGUCACUGCAAGUGAAACCCACAUAUCAACCUGGAAUGGCGGACAAACUGAGAAAUAUCUCUGGAAUCAGGCGCUAAACGAAAUUAACAUAGAAAUGCCGCUCCACACUGAAAUAAAAACCAGCGAAAUCAACGUCCAAAUUACGAACAAAAGCAUUAAAGUGUAUCACAAAAAUGAACUAAAACUGGAAGGCACCUUUUAUGAAGAAGUGAAUAAACAGGAAUGCAUGUGGAACAUAGAGGACAAGAAAAAGCUAAUUAUUUUUUUGGAAAAAAAAAGAGAAAACUGGUGGCCAUGUGUAAUAAUGGGGGACCCAGAAAUAGACACUUCCAAAAUUGAGUCCAAAAAGAACUUAACCGAUUUUGAUGAAAAAACGCAGGGAGAAAUACGGAAAUUUUUGCACCAGCAGAAAAUGUAA